UCUGGGAGGGCAGGGCAGAUGUUGCCACUGCCGCCUGUGCUGCCCCGUGAUGCCCCUCGGCUAUGUUCUGUAAGGCACCAGCACCUCCACACCUCCCGCCCUGCACCUGCAUCUGCCCCCGCAGGUGUCAGAAGGCAGGUGAUUGGUGGAGGGGCAGCGUGACGUCACAGACCGGGCAGGGAAAGAUAAGUAACCAUGGCCUGGAUGGCCGAGUCUUCGCCAGGCAGUCACGGCAGACGCACGCACGCCACCAGCAGUUCCUCCCACCUGUUUCUUCCCAGCCAGGUGUUCCCCACAGAUCUCAGAAUGUCUCGCAUGUGGGUGUGGGCGGCGAUGGUGGUGGUGGGCGUGGCGGCAGUAGCAGCGGCAAGCGGUGCGGGGCAGGGCGAGGCAGGGAGCGACGCCCCCGCCCACGCCGCGCCCCCUCUGGUUUUCUGGGCAUGAGAGGGAAGAAAGAGGCGCCUUCACCACCCCUGCAGGACGCCCCAGCACCCCCAGAGGACCUCCUGCCUGCCCUCUACCAGCUGGACGUGCCCCUAAGAGGAAAAAAGGCUCCAUCUGGUUUCCUUGGCAUGAGGGGAAAGAAGAGUGAAGAAGAGGAAGAAGAGGACGAGGAAACGCCCUUUGCCCGGCCGUCCUACGAAUCUGAAUUUGAUAACCUUGUCAAACGCUACCCUUCAGGAUUUCUCGGCAUGAGGGGAAAGAAGGCGCCCUCUGGUUUCCUCGGAAUGAGAGGAAAAAAAUCAUCUGGGGAGGAUUAUCUUCCCUCCACCUCCAUCUCCCGCCAGGCCCUCCUUUCCCUCCUCCAAGGGGACGCCGCCCCCCCCAAGGACGAGGACUACUACUACUACUACUAUAACCCUGAGGCUUGGCGGGCCGGCACACACAAGCGGGCACCCUCUGGCUUCCUGGGCAUGCGCGGGAAGAAGGACGCCUACCCGGGACUCGCCCAAGACAAGAGGACUCCUUCGGGAUUCUUGGGCAUGCGAGGUUGAGGAAUGAAAGGGAAGAAGACUGUCCUACCAUAAAGAACCACCACCACCACCACCUCCUCCACCACCACCACCACCACCAGCCUGCCUCCACCACCACCACCACCUGAAAACAAGAACAACAUCGAAAAAAAAAAAAACUAGGAAAUCUUUCACUCUUACCCUAAUAUAAUAAUAAUAAUAAUAAUAAUAAUAAUAAUAAUAAUAAUAAUAAUAAUAGACCUGUAUUUUCCACAUGUUCAUUAAUAACCUGUACAAACCUUGACAUGUGGGUGAGGUGGAGGUGUGGAUGGGUUUGGGUGGGUGUAGUUACCUGUAUCCUCAUCAUUACUCACCUGUGUUCACUCGUUAAGGUACAAAGGGCUGGGGAACUUCACAUUUAAGAGUUCCAGGUAUCUUAAUUAGUUAUCCAGGUGAAUGUCACGUUUUCUUUAUCGAUCUCGUUUUCUUUUUUUUUACAUUUUUUUUUUUCAACUGUUUUCAUUAUUUUAUUUUUCAUGUCUGUUGUUCUUUAUAUUUCUUUUUUUUUCACUCUGUUUAUUUUUUUCAGCUUUUCAUCUUUUUCUUUAUUUUCUUGUACUUCUUCUUUUCACUGUUUCUUAAUUUUUCAACUUCUCACCUUAUUCUCAUUUUUCCCCAAGUCAUAUUCGUGUUUCUCUACUUUUUUUUCCUUUUUUUUCCUUUUUUUUUCCAUUCCAUUCAUUAAUUUCUCAACAUUUCCCUCGUGUUCUCUUUCCAUCAUUAAUGUUCCCGUUCACAUCAUCAUAUUUUCCACCCUUUCUUUCCCUUUUUUUCCCUUUUCCUCCCUUUCAAGUGGUUGUUUGUCCAUUUUAAACCCUAUUUCCUCUUUCCAUUUAAUUGUAACUAGUCUGUCUGUCUGUCUGUCUGUAUCCGGAACCCUUUACUCAUUCCUCGUAAGUACUGUGAACAAAAGAGCAUCAGGAGAAGGCAGUAGAAGGUUCGGAUCUCUUUACAAAUAGAAUCGGAUCCUAUAGCUUGUAUUUUUGUGGAAUCAGAAGUUCUAUUGUGUAUUUUUCUUCAUUUUAUUUACUUUUUUUUUUUUUAUUUCUUGCAGUUGCGAAUAAAAGAGUAUCGGGAGACAGUGAAAGGAUUGGAUAUCUUAUAUAUAUAGAAUAGGAUCAUUUUACUGUAUUUUUUCUUCUUUUUUUUUUUUAACUUAAGAAUUUUUUGAAGUACCUGUGCAAAAAUGAAUGGAUUAAUUUUUUUUUUCGAUUCUUUUCUUCUAUAUAAUCCUUCAUUUUCUAUUACUUUUGUUUUUUUAUGGGGUAAUGUUCAGUGUGGAUAUAUUUAACUUUUUAGAAAUCCAAUAUCCUUUUCCCUUUUUUUUCUCGUAUAAGUAAAGAAUACAUCGUUAUAUCUCAAGAGUCAGUGUUGUAUUUUGCAGUUCACUAUUUUUCUAACCCCAGUCUGUCAUAUUUCAUUGAAGGUUUACCAGAUAUGUAUAGAAGCUAUUUAUUUAUUUUUUUUAUAUAUAAUCUAUUAGUCUUUUUCUUUCGCUCUUUCUCUAUUUAAUUUCCAUAACUAACAACUUAAACUGCCAACAAUCCAUCACACACACACACACAAACAAACAGACACAACAAACAACUCAAUUUCCUGUGUCAUUAAUAAUAGUAGUAGUUAUAAUCUUGUUGUCAUACCAUUACAACCAUUAACUACCAUUACUAUACCAAUUACCAAACUGACAGCCAUUGGUGGUGGAGGCAGUUUGGUGUGGCUGGGUGGGGGCGUACAGACAGCUCUUGGGAGUGAGUGAGUGAGUGAGUGCGUGCGUGCGUGCGUGUAUGUCUUUCUUCCCCCCCCUUCACGUGGUCUAUUAAUGUCAAAAUCCUGCGUAUUUUGACAGAAUCUUGUUGAUUUUAAGGAGAAAUAAAAUAUUACUUGGCUUAACUAUGUAAUUAACGAACUAACUACUUCUCGGAGUGCAAUAAAGGACAGACUUAA